AUGUCAGGCCUUCACAGCACACGCAGACAGACGCAGAAGAACACACAGACACACCAACACACACACAGACACAAGGCACAGAACAGACAAAAGACGAUCGCAGCAGUCAAAGACGAUCGAGACAGUCAAAGACGAUCGCAGACAGUCAAAGACCGAUCGCAGACAGUCAAGACGAUCGCAGACAGUCAAAGUCGAUCGCAGGCAGUCAAAGACGAUCGCAGGGGACAAAGACGGCGCAGACGGAGCGAGGACGCAGAAAGACGCACACAAACGGAAGUGUAG